AUGAACCCUUGGCUGACCGACGCCUCCUCGAAUCCAAACAAUCAUGUUGGCUUUGGAGGCCCAAUGGAUGCUGGCAUGUCUUUCCUGCAACCUCCGCAGACGAUAAACCCUGCUCAAUUCCAAAAUCCCGCCUUCCUCAAUGGCGCCGCCCGAACCACCUCACCUGCCUUCCACAACCCGGUCUAUCAAACCAACCCGGUGAUACCUUCCAAAAGAGCAAGAGAAGAUAGCUUGGUCACCUCGCCGCGCCAGGCACCUGGUGGCCUGCCUGGUUCAAGGUCACAGACCCCGGGACAAGUUCCCUAUCCCGGAUACAACCCCCAACCAAAUGGUGUACCGGCCAUUUCCAACGCUCCCACACCUUAUGGCCACCUCCAAACUACCUCUAAUGCCUCGCCAUCUCCAACCAUACAACAAUUGAAUCAUUUCACUUCGGCCCAAGCCAGUCAACGCGUCGCGACGGCGUCCCCCAGUCCGUUUUCCCCCCAACAUGCUCCCCCACACGCCUCUCCCGCUCCUUCGGACCAUGCGAGUCGCGUCGGCACACCUCAUGACAACCCCCAAAACUUCAUGCCAAAUGGGGUGUUUGCGUCAGGCUUUUCGCAACCCCAAUUUGGUCAGAAUAUGAGCAAUGGGAUGCCACAAGUAGGGAUGAACCCACAAAUGAACAUGGCGGCACAACAUCAAACCGUGGCUGCGGCGCAGCGAAACUAUCAAAUGCAUCUUCAGGCUCAAGCGCGUCAGAUGCAGCAAGCACAAGCACAGGCUCAGGCUCAAGCUCGUGGCAUGAACGGCAUGCCGACCAAUCCUAAUCAGCCUGUUUCCAACCCGCAGAUGCCGCAAGGACCACCACCCGCGUUUCAGCCCGCCAGACCCAACAAUCCCGAAGAUUUUAUACGGGGCCUGCAGCAAUUCAUGGCUGCGCGUAACCGCCAGGUUGAUCUGAAUCCGGUAAUAUGUGGCCGGCCACUGCCGCUGUUGCGGUUAUACGCAGCUGUGGUGAAAAAUGGAGGCUCACAAAGGAUAUCUAAGCUAAAUCAGUGGGCUGCGGUUGCGCACCAGUUCGGUUUCCCUCCGCCACAACAUCUGCAAGCAGCUCAAGAACUUCAGGCGUACUGGAUGAACAAUCUAGCCCCCUAUGAGGCUGCAUGGCAGCUGUCACAGCAGAAGCAAAAGAUGGCGGCUCAGGCUGCGAUACAGAGCCAGACCCAGAUGUCACCUCCGCGCGACCAACCUCAAGACCCUAGCCACCAGAGAAGCGCGUCAUCUGUCGGACCCGUCCCCCAACAACCACAGCACCCUACAGCCAAUGGAUUCAUGCAACCUCCACACGCUCAACCACCAUCAGAUCCUACAGUGACUCCUCAGCAUCGCACUCACGUGUCACGCCAGUUCGACCCACAACAGAUUGCUGCCAUGCAGGGUCAGGUCCAGGUUCAGACACCACAAAAACGACCUCAGACGGGCGGUGGGAAAUUGGCAGAAUCGGAGCCUGACACGAGCAAACCUUUGUCGAAUCCUAUCGAAGAUCCUUUCAAGCCUGAUGUCCUUCCUCCCAGCAGAUUUCAUGGACCAAUCAAUGUGGAAGAGAUGUUUAUUAUCGGCCAACAUAUCGCUGAAUCGAAACCAUUCGUACCCACUAUCCGGGAGCUGGGCGUCAUUGAUAUCCACGCCCUUACAAUGGCAAUCAAAUCUGGAAUACACGCAGAGACACGAGUUGCACUGGACACACUUGUUACGCUGUCGAUGGAAUCUGCAUUGCCACUAGCGUUAAGUGAAUGCGACGAUCUUGUCGACACAUUACUGGACUGUGCGCAGGAUCAAGUCACAUUUCUCAGCGAGCACGCAACCGAAGUCUCCGAUGAAAUGUUCCUCACUUCGUACGAAGAUUUGAUCCGAGCUUGUCGCCUUGAGAACGAGUCCUUGCAAGAUGCGCCCGAGUUUGGAACGGUCGCGUACGAUCUCGAGCGGGCCGCGGAUCGCUUGAUUUGUAUCACCACCCUGUUGCGCAAUUUCUCCUUUUACGAAGCCAACUUUGUCCCACUUGGUCAACCAGAGGUUGUCAAGCUCCUCAGCACCGUGAUUCGAUACCUCGGCACGACAGAAAUGUUCCUGCGACACAACAGAAAUACCCUGGAUUUUAUGAAAGACGUGGUCAUCUACUUUAGUAACUUGUCGACCUUGCUUCAGCUCCCUGGGAAAGAAGAAGCCCUCUGUGUCCUUCAUUUCCUUCUCGCGUUCGCACCAACCCCACCCCCUACCUCGGGCUCCACCACCAGGGUCUCCUUCGUCUCGUACACGCCUACUCUACACAAGUAUAUGCCUUCCGCUGUUGACAGUCUCGCUAAGCUUCUGGCGCGCGACGAACCAAACCGCACUUACUACAAAGCCAUCUUCGCAGCCGAUGGCCACUCGAGCCCCCCAUACGAGUUAUUGACUAGGGCGUUCGGUCUCGCCAUUUCUUCAAUACCAGCAAACUCAAACCACACCAGGCAACUCAUCGAGGCACGGAAACCUUUCCUCCUGCAAGGAAUGUUGGCAGCAGAAAUAUUGGCAAGUCUUGCACCUGGCUCAGACCAUCCAUUAGCGCGCUCGUGGCUCGAGUCAGAUGAUGGCUUUGCUGGCAAUCUUCUACGGGUAGUUGGUCUGUUGAGUGCCGAUCGGACGACGCAGACCGUUCCCAGGCAUCCACUCCCGAACAACCGAAACAAUGCCUUUGAGCCAGACGUCAAUGGUCAUGGGGCAAUAGCGAAUCGUGCCAUCGCCGUCCUGAAGACCUUGGUGCAAAAGGCCCGCAGGACUGAUGAACACGGCUCGACAAUAGUACCAUUGGGUAUCAUGCCAAGCAAAGAGAGUUUGUUGGGAGCGAUGAUACAGAAAGAUAUUGACCCCGGCAUCCUGCGGCAGCUUUGUGUUUAUGCCGGUUUAGAGGAUUAG